CCGCGUCUUCCCUCUUGUUGUUAGGAGCAGCGCUCCGGGUCACGUGGCUCGGGUCCGCGCGCACAGCAGCCUGUUCUCUCUCUCUCUCUCUUGUGUCUUUUGUGUCCGCGCAUGCGCGCUGCAGGUCGCUGCACAGACGGGCGGUCGCAGCGGCGGCGGCGGCUGUGGCUGUGAGAGAGCUGCACCGAGGAGGAGCCCUUGUAUUGUGAGCCGUCUCUAUUGUACGGGAUAAUUGGUGGAACCUUCCCCAGAUACCGUGCUCGGAUGCUACUCCCUGUCUGCACUCCGGUAACCGGGGAGAGGAGAGCCUCCAUUCACUAGCGCCGAGGAAGAGGAGGAGAACGGACACCAUGAGCGAGCAGAGCAUCUGCCAAGCACGGGCGGCUGUCAUGGUAUAUGACGAUGCCAACAAGAAAUGGGUCCCGGCAGGAGGGUCGACAGGAUUCAGCCGAGUGCAUAUCUAUCAUCAUACAGGAAACAACACGUUCCGGGUGGUGGGACGGAAAAUUCAGGAUCACCAGGUGGUCAUCAACUGUGCCAUUCCCAAGGGGCUGAAAUACAACCAGGCGACACAGACCUUCCACCAAUGGCGGGACGCGAGACAGGUGUACGGGCUCAAUUUUGGGAGCAAAGAAGAUGCCAACGUGUUUGCAAGUGCCAUGAUGCAUGCCCUGGAAGUGCUGAACUCGCAGGAAUCCGGUCCGACGUUGUCCCGGCAGAAUUCUCACAUACCCCAACAAGUACAGAAUGGUCCAUCACAGGAGGAGCUGGAGAUUCAGCGGAGGCAGCUGCAGGAGCAGCAGCAACGACAGAAGGAGCUGGAACGGGAACGCAUGGAGAGGGAACGCAUGGAGAGGGAACGCAUGGAGCGGGAACGCUUGGAACGUGAGAGGCUCGAGAGGGAGCGAUUGGAAAGGGAGAGACUGGAGAAGGAGCGCUUAGAGCGCGAAUGCCUGGAGCGUGAGCGUCUAGAGCAGGAGCAGCUGGAAAGAGAGCGCGAGAGGCAGGAGCUGGAACGUCAGGAGCAACUAGAGCGCGAGCUACAGGAGCAGGAGAGGCUGGAACAAGAGCGGCAAGAGGCGACGUUACAGGAGCAGCUGGAGAAGGAGCACCAGAAGUGGGAGCGCGAGAGGAGGGCGUCCAACACGGACUCAUCAACCUAUGACAAUUCAUUGUAUAACGCUCAGCAUCUAGAUUACUCCACCUGUCAGUCUCACUCAUCGUCCCCCAUAUCCUACGCCAAAGCCAUCUCCGUCCCCGCCGCUUCCAUAUGCACGGACUCGGCCGCCGCCGACUAUGUCAUCGUCACCUCCCAGGCCAUCAACUCCACGCCGCCGACACCUCCCCUCCGCCACUCGGCGUCUCGUUUCGCCACCUCUCUGGGUUCCGCCUUCCAUCCUGUCCUCCCUCAUUAUGCAACGGUUCCUCGGCCCAUAAAUAAGAUCUCCAGACCUCCUUCUCCGCCAAACCCUGCACCGCCACCCCCUCCGCCCCCUGUUAAGCCUAUCUCCUGGUCUGCUUCUAAUUUCGCCCCGCUCCCUCCAUCCCCUCCUGUCAUGAUCAGUAGUCCUCCCGGGAAAGCCACCGGCCCCAGGGCCGUGCACCUAGUGUCUGCAUCCCAGCUUGCUCUCCUUUCCAACGCACCCAAUGGUCAUGCUGAUACGUCUUCAUAUGAAAUGUCAUGCACCCCUGCACCACCUCCUGCUCCUCCUCUACCAUUGUUUCCACCUUUCUCGCUGUCCUCCUCUUCUCCAUGCACUCCUCUUGUCUCAGCACCUUCAUCCCAGCCUAGUGUUCUGCCUUCUCCUGCAGCUUCCCCUGCCUCUGUUGAGAACUCUUUAAUCUUUGUGCUGGGAGACGCCUGUGCUUCUCAGCCAGACUUGACCACAACCUCUCUGCCGAUUGACCCAGCGACCCAUCCGGGUGUUGUUCCGGGACCACCAGCACCACCUCCUCCUCCACCCCCUCUUCCUACAGGCCCAAGUCCAUCUCAGAUAGCCCCUGUCUUGCCCCCUCCCCCUGCACCUCCCCUUCCUCCAUCAUGUCCUGCACCACCUCCUCCUCCGGGACCUCCACCUCCUCCGGGACCUCCACCACCGCCCGUCUCUGUGGCUGUACCUCCACCGCCAGCUCCUCCACCACCACCCGCACCACCACUUCCUUUCUCUGUGGCUUCCGUGAGCUCAGAAGAAAACCGUCCAAUGUCUGGCUUGGCUGCUGCGCUGGCUGGUGCCAAACUGAGGAAAGUUUCCCGGGCCGAUGAUGGAUCCAGUCAGAGUAGUGUAAUCUCUGCUGGGGCCAGCUCUGGCCCUCCAAAGACGGAACCAAGCCGCGGGAACGGUCCUCUUCCGAUGGUUGGGGUUGGGGGAGGUUUAAUGGAAGAAAUGAGUGCGUUACUAGCAAGAAGAAGAAGAAUUGCGGAAAAAGGGCCAUCCAUAGAACCUGAUGCAAAAGAAGAGAAGACGGAGGAGCCAGAGCCUGUGCCGACAAAAGUGACCUCCGCUGGUACACCAGAACCUACAAGAAAGCCCUGGGAAAGAACAAACACGAUAAAUGGUAGCAAAUCCCCCGUUAUCUCCAGACCAAAGUCUACACCAUCUGGGCAGCCAAGUGCCAACGGGGUGCAGUCAGAAUCCUUGGACUACGACAGACUGAAACAGGACAUCUUAGAAGAGAUGAGAAAAGAAUUAGCAAAACUGAAAGAAGAGCUCAUUGACGCCAUUCGACAAGAGUUGGGGAAAUCAAACAGUACAUAGAAGAGACUGACGGGAGGCGGCUCAGUGCCCUGAUCAGAAAGGACUUCUCCUUUAUUUUUUUUUUCUAAGAGGAUUUAAAGGAAGUCUCAGAAUCCUGCAACCCGGGAAACCGCAAAUAUAAAGACCUUUCAGACACUUCACUUUGGAUGUAUACCGAAUCUCUCCUGGCUUUCUGCCUUUUAACAAAAAAAAAAAAUUCUUCCCCUUUCCUUGCACCUCAAGAGCGAUGGUCUUAUGAAAAACAAACAACCACUGAACUAUUAAUAUGCAGAAGUUCCUGUUUAUUUUUAAUAUACCUUUUUUCCUGUCCAAUGAGCUUGCAGUGCAUAUAUAUAUAUACACACGAGAAUCUAUCCGUGUCAACAAUCAUUGCCUACACGUAAGAGGAGAGAAGUGGCGGGUCCCUAGCAAGUUAUCCAAUCGUACUGCAAGUGUAACUCAGGUUCGUCUUCCUAUGAUACUUCAUCAUUUUUUUUGUUUUACGAGACACAACACUCGCGCACAUGUCAUAGAAUGUCACUGUAUUCUGGGAUACCACAAUCCUUUAUUUCCACUCCCGGAGAAGCCCCGGUCGCCGGUCCAGUAUUGCAGAGAAGUUAGGGUUCAGUGUUGCACAUCGGGAACGUUUUGACUUUUCUACAUAUUUUUUUUUUAUUUUGGGAAAAUACGCUUUUUGUAGUUUGGUUGAAGAGAAGACAAAGCGAAUACUUGUUACAAGAAUAAAAAAAAUUGAAUAAAAGCCUUCUUUAAAUUAACGCUUCUACCAAAUCAGAGAACCGAAACACAAAACCGCUUAGAGAUACUUUUCCUGCAUGGGGACAAAAGCAGUUUAAGGGUCUCAAGACUUCGAAAAACAAAACCAGUGCAUGUCACGUUUAGCGGGCUCCAGGUUAGACGCCGCGUUCUCAAUUAUGAAAGAAAAGCCUCUCUCUGUAUUACCGUGGCCGCCAUCUUGAAACCAUCUUCUCCUGUCAUACAACCAGGCUUUACUUUUUUUUAUUUUUUUUAUUUGCUCUUUCGGUCGUGAUGUUGGUGACUGAGUUUGGAUUGCACUGAGGUUUUUUAUUUUUUGUUCCAUGUUGGGAAGGAAAGAUUGAAGUAUGAAAGUUUUCGCCCAUGAAGGAAAAGCUUCGGCAGUCAGCAGCCAAAGCGACUAUGGCGGGAUGUAAAAUUCAGGAAGGACGUUGGUUAUGUUUCAGAGUCUUGGUUGGAAUUGUGCCAUAUUGACAUGGAAACUUGGGAGGUUUUAUAGAUUCAGGAUAUUUCUGCAGCUCAUAAGAAAGGAGACCUUUACCGUUAGUGCUGGACGCCAAAGCAAGAUGCCUCUCUGAACAUAUGGACCUCAUGACACUUUUGAUGCUCAUCAUGAUACUCGCUGAAGGCCGUGGACUUUCCAAAUUAAUAAUUAAAAAAAAAUUCAACUAGUGUCUCAAUGUGCAAGCAGCCACUUUUAUCCCCCAAUUCACCUCUGGAAUAUAACUGUAGAACUGUUCUGCAUGGUACGAAGUAAUGGAACUGUGGACUAUUUGGGACAGGCUUGUCCAGGACCCCGGCUCACUUGAGGAUUUGUCAUCCGUCUUAUUUCUGUUAGUACUGCGGACAUUUCAGCUGUAAGAGUUCAGCCAAUGUAUGUGAUCCCACGUGUCACUUCUGUUACCGCUCCAGACUAAGCCAACCUUUUAUUAUGACUACGAGCAGUCCAAAGUAAAUGACAACCCAUGAGGGGGGCACGGUCCUCCCAUGCUUAUUUUGAAUGAAACCGGUUUUAUGCACUAUGCGUUUUUGUGCCUUGGUCUAAAAAUGAUACCUGAUUUUUCAGUUCUAGAGUAAUUGAUUGUCUCCAUCUUGCAUUCAUAUCCGUUUUUAUACCCCCCCCCCCCAUUUCCACCCAACCCCCCUCUCAUGUACUCAUUAAAAGCAAACGCUUAUAAAUACCCACCCAUUAUUGGAUCAUUAGAGAUUUCAGUGAUUCAAAUUGUAAACUUUACUUUGUUCUUUUUCCCCCAUUUUUAUUUUUUCUUAAUUCCUAAAUGUUUUUCGUAAAUCUUUUCAAAUUUCAAUUUAAGUACAUUUUUUUUUAAAUUAUAUUUUAGUCAAGUGAAGAAAAUAUUUUGGAAUUUACAAAAAGUAGUUUCUUUUUGUUUUUUUAUGUGAAAUUUAAAAAAAAGUUAAAUUUAAAUAAUUAAUUAGGAGAAAUCAAAACAAAACAAUUUUGCUUGUUAAACUUUUUUACAUUUCCCAAAACGUGUUUAAAAAAGUAAAUAAAAAUAAAAAGUUAAUAAUAAUAAUCCACUUCCCAAUUUCUUUGAAUUUCAUUUGUGUAAAAAAAAUCUCUCUAGAUUAAAUUUUUUUUAAAUCCACGUUCUUUUUUCUUUAUUUUUUUUUUCUUUAAAGGGCCUGACCAGGAAUAGAAAAAGAGAGCUAAUUUCUUUCAAAACACAGCUUCAGGUCUGUCCCCAGGUUGUGUGUGGUAUUACAACUUUGCUCCAUUCACUUCAAUGGAACUGAGCUGCAAUACCACACCCAACCUGGGGACAGAUGGGGAAGUGGUGUUUGAAAGAAAUUAGCUCUUUUUAUUCAUGAAUCGUGGAAAAUUUUUAAAAAUCGUUAAAAAAAAUAAAAAAUAAAUCUAAAUUAUUUGUUUUCCUGGACGUAAUAUUAAAAAAUUUAUGGAGAUUUUUUUUUUCCUUUCAACUGAAACUUCAAAAAAAAUGGAGGUAAAAAAAAAAAAAUCAAAAAUCAAGAAUUAAAAUAAAUAAAUGUAAAACUUUUUUUUUUUUUACUUUUUUUGUCGGGGGGGGGGGGGGGAGGAGGAUUAAAAAAAAAUAACAAAAAUUGGAAAGAAUGUAUUUAUGCUGGAAAAAGAUAAUCAUUUCAAUGGGGGUUAUGUCCAUGUAUGUAUUGGGUGUCUUAAAAGUUUGACAUAUCCCGCCUCCGAGGGAGCGUUCUUAAGCAACACUGUGACCUUAGCUGUGAUUAUACUGAUACCCACAGGAUUGGGUGGGGGGGGGUGGUUGGGGUGCGGGAUGAAAGUGAUAAACUGCAAUGAAAAUGAAUGUAUAAAAUCUGUGUGCUGGUGCUGAAAUCUCUACUUAUAAUCAUCCCGGUCAUGUUACAUGUGUCUCAUCUGAAGCAGGAGUCGGAAUCCCUCUACGAAUGUCAUCUGCCCGUGCUUCUUGUUUUAUCACAUUUAGUUUUUUUUUUUGUUUUUCCUUUCCAUGUCAUCUCUCUAUUUUUUUUUACCAUUGUUUUUCGUUUUAAAUUUACUACAUGCUAUUUUUUUUUUUUUUUUUUGUUUGAGCAAAUUAAAUAAAAUUGCAAUAUUAAGUGUUGCUACCAUUGGUCUGAUGAAGGCUUCUCAUCUUUGGACAGCUGGGAAAAGUUUUUUUUUUUUUUUUUUUCUGACAGGUUAUCUUGAAUGUGAUUUUAAAAACUAAUGAGAAAAACACACAAAAAAAAAAAAAAAAAAACGAAAAAGGAAAAGAAGAAAAAAAAAUCCUGAAUGCCCUAUAAAUAACUUUAUGGUAUCUCUUCUUGGAGGUUUACAUAACGCUAUCAUUAUUUUUCUAAUUUUGAAGAUACAUUUUACCAGUAUUGAAUACGCUCCAAUAAUGUAAGAACUAUGUAAUAUGUAUAAAUGAAGACUGUAUAUAAUCACAGUUGUGCGUG